AAGAAGAAGAAGAAGAAGAAGUGCAUGGAUGAGAGGAGCUGCUGUCAGAUCAGAAACACUCUGAGGAGGAGGAGAAUGGCGAAGGUGGAGCUGACGCCGCUCAGACCGUGGGACGACUUCUUCCCCGGCUCCGAGAGAUUCGCCAAACCGGACAUGAAGGAUUUGACCAAGUGGAACAACAGGGUGGUCAGCAACCUGCUCUACUACCAGACCAACUAUCUGGCUCUGGCUGUCGUCGUCUUCCUCAUUGUCGGGUUCCUGAACCCUCUAGGGAUGUUCACAGCGAUGGCCGUGGUGUCGGGGGUGUUCCUGAGCUCCGUGUGGGCUGGGGAGAACCGAGCAGUGAUCAACAACUUCAAGAGGCAGAGCCCCACAGCGUUUUUGAUUGCCGUCAUGAUUGCCAGCUACCUCCUCAUCUCCAUGCUGGGGAGUGUCAUGGUGUUCAUGACGGCAAUCACGUUACCUUUGGCAUUUAUAUUUGCACACUCUUCAUUUCGUCUGCGCAACAUGAAGAAUAAACUGGAGAACAAGAUCGAGGGCGCCGGCCUGAAGAGGUCACCCAUGGGUCUUUUGCUGGAGGCUCUAGGUCAACAAGAAGAGAACUUUCAAAAGAUCCAGAGCUUCCUGGAGGGAAAACUGACGGAAUGAUUGGACUUGGAACAGAGCCACACAAAUAUGCACACACAUGCACCAAUACACACAAACGUCCAUCUUUUUGGCCAAAGAUUUUGACUUUUUUCUUAGAUUUAACGAAAUGUCUGUAUCCUUUUGUCUAAACCUCUUAAAUGUUUGUUUCCUACACA